AUGAUUUUGUCGAAACGAUGGCGGACUAUCUGGACAGAGGUUCCAAGACUCGAGUACGAAGACAUUGUGAGCAAUACUAAUAGUGAACAGAAGAGCGUUUGGUGGUUUCUUGAGAAGUCGUUGCAACUUCAUAAGGCACCUAUACUAGAAAGCUUGUGUAUCCAACUUAAAGAAAUAUGCCCUACUAACGUUGAUGUAGCAAAAUUGGUUGCACAAGCAGUUGAUCGUUCAUUGCGCAGGCUUCUAUCAAAUUGUCCUGUUCUCAGAAUUUUGCUCGUGAUACGAUCUGAAGAAGAUGGCAAUGUGAAAAAGUAUACUGUCAAAGUGCCUUCUUUAGAGGAAUUCACCUACCUCUAUAAAAGGCCAUUAUCACUAGCGGAAAAUACUAGUCACAAUCGGAAGGAGUUCUUUUUUGAAGUUCAGUGCAAACUGUGGGUGAGUCAACAAGAUAGUGUCAUUCCUCAAUCGUUUCCUUGGGAGAGCUCAUCACAAGUCCCUGUCUUCAGCACUCAAUGUACAGAAACUUCAAGUUUCUGUGAAGAGUCAUCUACACAGCGCAAAGAAAGAAAGAAAUGGACUCCUUCUGAUGAUCUUGUGCUCAUAAGCGCCUGGUUAAACACCAGUAAGGAUCCUGUCGUGAGCAAUGAGCAGAAAGCAGGCACAUUCUGGAACCGCAUUGCAGCCUACUAUGCAGCUAGUCCGAAGGUGGAAAGUGGAGAUAAGCGAGGAGCUCUUCAAUGCAAGCAAAGGUGGCAGAAGAUCAACGAUCUUGUCUGCAAGUUCUGUGGUUCCUAUGCGGCUGCGACAAGACAGAAAACAAGUGGUCAGAGUGAGAGUGAUGUUGUGAAACUCGCACAUGAAAUUUUCUUCAAUGAUCAGAAGAUUAAAUUCAACCUUCACCAUGCUUGGGAGGAGCUCCGCUAUGACCAGAAAUGGUGUGAGCAUGCUAGUAGUAAGCUUGGUGGAAGCGCUAAGAAGAGAAAAUGCGAGGAUGGAGCAGAAACAGAAAGCUCUCAAGCUACUAUCAAUGUCGAUAAUCUACCUACCAAACGGCCUGCUGGUGUUAAGGCUGCGAAAGCAGCUUCUGCAAAGAAACCAAUAGUAGAUAAGGAGGCUGAUGAGAAGUUUGGCAAGUUGUGCUCAAUUAAAGAGAAAGACCUUGUCUUGACAGAGAGAGUUUCCAAAAUGAGACUGCUUGACAGUCUCAUUACAAAAAAAGAACCACUUUCUGAAAAAGAAGAAGCACUGAAGAGUAAGCUUCUUACAGAGAUGCUGGAUGCUCCAUAAUAUGAUG